AUGACUCGUGAUACACCCGAAGAUGUCAGCACUGCAGGCGCAAAGGAUAUUUUGGAGGUUCUAAACCUACUUAAAGGAGGAGAAGAAAAGAUAUCAGAAGUCGAACUUAAGUUGGAUGAAAUGGAAAAGAAAAUGGACUCUCUAUUAGAUCAGUUAGAAGGCCUGCACAGGGAUAACGACGAAUUGGCAAAGAAGUCUGGUCAAAAAUAG